AUGAGUGAGUUCGAAAGGACGAUGGAAGCCCUACCUACCGAGGAAUCUGCUAUUCCACCGAACCAAAGCGAUGAUGCCACUUCGGAUAAUGACGACAACCAUUUGCCGCUGCAAAAUCAGUGCGAUAUGCAGCUUGUUCAGAUUCUGCAAGAUAUGGUGCCUCUCAAUAACUUCAAUGAUAUCAUAGGCAUCAUUAAGAAUGCCAAAAAUUCCAUGGAAGUGCGGCACUUUCUGUACAAUAUAGUUUACAAACACCACCUCUGCUUUGACCCACUGAAUGGACACAACUAUCGUGUGGCAGUUCUACAGUCACUCACAUCUGUGGCCCCACGCACGCACUGCAUGCAUGAGUGGUUUGAUUGUGUGGACCGCUUUCGGCGUCUGGGCUUCAUUCUUACCCGCACCUACGCUGCGGAGGGGUAUACGACCAUCCGACAGUGGCUUUCAACCUGCUUCAACUUUGAUGGGCGCACACCACGGAUCAUAACAGAGGGCAUCUCGCACAUACGUGAGCUCACGCAAUGGUGCCAGGAGGAUCGCCUUGUUUUUGAUCACGUACUGUACACGCGCAUCGUAUUCCUGCUAACGAUGAUGGUCAGCUUUUUUGACCGCCAAAAUCUCUACCGGGCGUCCUUUCCCGCCAAUUUUGCCAAACGUGAUGGCAUUGUAGUGGAAUGGGUUGUGGGCAAUGAGCGCUCCACCGACUACGACGAGUGCGUCCUGCAAUGCGAUGCCUUCCUCGAGGAGAUCCUCGACUGGCUGCACAAGGACGUCCCGUCGCGGCCGAGCUUCAGCCUGAUGUACCGUCUUAUGGACUACUACUUCGCCACAGACAACGUGGCGAAGAUGCUGGCGACGAUGGAGGACGCGGUGGCCUACGGCCUCCCCAUCGCGGAGAGCAGCAGCGCGAAGCUGUUACAGCUGGCCUGCGCCCUGAACUACCCUACCGUCCCCGCCCUCUUCCUUCGCUGGCGCGUGGCCCUGCCCCAGUGCGUCCUCGCCACGCCGGACAUGAGCCGGCUGCUGCUUUACUACGGCCGCGCGGGGGGGGGGCGGCCCUGCCCCGUCUGCGGGGAGUCUUUCAACCACCGCAACGCGAGCGUCUAUCAGUGGCGGCUGACUCCCCCCCACCAGCGCCGCUGCCCCGCCCUCGCCAUGGCCAGGGUGGCGAAGGGAGAGCUUGAGGAGUGCCGCGCGCUUCCGCAGAACGCGGACUGGGCGGGGAAGGCCUUCCAGCUCUGGGAGCUCUCCCGCCGACGGUCUAUUGAGUGGACAACGGUCGAGUGGCGGGCCUUUCUGCUCUGCUGUAUGUUCUCAGCCAGGGCACUGGAGGCUGUGGAGCUCAUGAAUCACCAUAUUGACCCGAGCAAGAUGGACGAUUUCCUCCGAGCGACGCUCAUGAGAUUGCUGCGGCAUCACGCCCCUGAACAUGCGGUCACCACCCUGGAGCAGUGGACCGAAUGCCAAUACAAAAUAUCCCCAAUUGCCUUGCAGGAGGGCCUUAUGGCUGCUGCGGCAGUCGACGACGCGGAUUCGCGCUACUACGGAAUGCAACGUUUUUGGAAAGGCAUUUUGGAAAAGGAUGCCUACAUUAUGCCUUUUACAAAGCGCAACUUACAAAAGCGAUAUACCGCGCUUCUGCAGCAAGAAGGUGGCUUGUCAGAGGAAGAAAUUAAUUUUUUUGAUGUGAUUAUUGCAUCAAAACCUGAAAAAUUGUCCCUGCUGGAUCUGAAGGACAGCGCAUCCGAUUAUAUGGUUGGGACAUUCAUAAAAAAUGUCUAUAUACCGUCAUCAGUUCCACAGCACUUGAAUGGGAAUAAAACGCAACCAAACUAG